GAGCGCCCGCCGUGGGAGCCGGGCAGAGCCGGGCUAAUGGACCCAGGCGGGCGCGGAGACGCCCUGCCCGAGCAGCGGCGGGGCAGGGGGCAACAGCACCGAGCCUACCGGGGCUCCACUGCCACCCGCUCGCUCGGGGCUGGCCGGGGACAGGACGCGCUGCUGCCCGCUCCGAGGCGGAGAGAGAGAGGGAGAGGAGGAGGAGGAGAGACAGGGGGAGAGGAGAGCUGAUGCCUAAGCGAGUCACUCGGAGGAGGCAAAGCGGGCGGUACCACAACUUCUCGGCGGCGCGGAGCGGCGCGGAACGGCGCGGAGUGGAGCUCGCCGGCCGGAUCGCUCCCAUGUCAGGGCGGCGGUGGGGGACUGCACUCCGCUAGCGUGAAGCCACUGACCUCCCUCUUCUCGCCCAGCGAUGUAUUCACUGCUCUCAGCCUGCACUUGCCUAUGUUUACAUUUCCUGCUGCUGUGCUUUCAGGUACAGAUGUUUGCUGCCGAGGAGAAUGUAGAUUUUCGGAUACACGUGGAGAACCAGACGCGAGCGAGGGACGACGUGAGCAGGAAGCAGCUUCGGCUCUAUCAGCUCUACAGCAGGACAAGCGGGAAACACAUCCAAGUGCUCGGCAGGAGGAUCAGUGCCAAAGGAGAAGAUGGAGAUAAAUAUGCCCAGCUUCUAGUGGAAACAGACACUUUUGGCAGUCAAGUCCGGAUCAAAGGGAAGGAGACAGACUUCUACCUUUGCAUGAACAGGAAAGGCAAGCUAGUGGGGAAGCCCGACGGCACCAGCAAGGAGUGCGUCUUCAUCGAGAAAGUGCUAGAGAACAACUACACGGCGCUGAUGUCAGCAAAAUAUUCAGGCUGGUAUGUUGGAUUCACCAAAAAAGGGAGGCCGAGGAAAGGGCCCAAGACCCGAGAAAACCAGCAAGACGUACAUUUUAUGAAGAGGUACCCAAAGGGGCAAGUGGAGAUACAGAAACCUUUCAAGUACACAACAGUCACCAAGAGGACUAAGAGAAUACGCCCCACCAACCCCAGUUAAACCCAGACAAGA